GUGUCUCGUUCAUGCUGUCGCGAUCUCGGAUCUGGACGUACGAGUUACGUCUCCUUGCAGUCCUCCUGGUCGGCUGCGGGGCAAAUGCCGUUGCCUAUUUUGCAGUACACAGCGACAAUUUGCCAUCAUACAUACCUUUCCAGAUGGGUUACGUCAUGGUGCUGAUGAUCGUAUGUUUUUGGACUUUUCCUUUGAAGAAGGCGUUGAUCUGGAGAGCCGAAAAUCCAUCAGCGCCGGCCACGAUGCAGCUCAGACUGUGGACCGCGUUUUGGGGAAUUUUGUCCCUCGGCUUCUUCGUCUUCUACGUUGGAGGUUGGGACCAUAUUGAGCUGCUGAACAUCGCGUCUUUUGCAGAGGGCUCCCGGCAAAGCGCUCUAGCUGCACCUGUGCUAGAGAUGCCUCUGUUCUUCGCAAGGACGUUUGGCUUCUUCUUCCUGGCUCACCUGACCUGCUGUUCUGGCAAGACUGGCUUAGCUACAUGGAUUUUGAUGGCGGUGAGCUACACUGCUCACGUCUUCGUUCCAUAUGACAGCGGAAGCCAUCCCAUUGGGGGAGACCUCUUCGUCAUCGGCAUGGUGUCUUUCCAGUGGCCAGCCAAGUUCAAGAAGCGAAUUGCAGACGCAGUCCGUCAGUACUGGAUGCUGAUGAUGGUGAUCUUGCUGCUCGCAAGCAACCCAAUGGUGUAUGGCCGCUGUGACUUAAUGCCACUCAACACGACUUGGGAGCGCCUGCGGUACCGUGCCAUCGAGUUUGCUCUUGCGUCCCUGAUGGUCACGGAUACACUGAACAGCUACGACUCACAUGGCGUGACGCCAUGGCUCAACAUGUGGUCCCUGUGGGCCUACUGCUUCCACGUGGCCUUGGCACGAAUGCUUCCCAUUCCAUAUGGCGCAGCUCUGACAUAUGGUUUCGUUCCAGUUUUCUACCUGUUCUCCCGCCUGCGUCACAGAAGUGGUGGUAGGUUGGAACAGCCCCAAGAACUUCCGACAGAAGACACCGCUCAACGAGAUGUCAAUGUACAGAUGGCC